UUGAGAAACCCUGAUGUUGUCAAUGUACUAUCAGUGAUGUGGCAUUGUGCAGAUGAACGGUGUACGAUAAAGCCCACAGUCAAGGUUUCCAAUGGAGAUCACCCACCCUCUUUCCAUUACGUCAAGUAACGCAGAGUCGAUCUUGCCAGAUCUGGAUCUGGGGCAUCGUUGGCCGAAUCAGCUUUUCGUUUGUUUGUACUAUGGCGAUGGCUUGGAAACCGAGCUUCUGUCAAGCCCAUGACAACGUCGUUUGUCGGGCGGAGGUACUGUAUAUUUACAGACGGGUCGAACGAAGUAAGUUGUACUUAUGGACGAGUUCAAUCAGAUUUUUCAUCAGACCACGUGGUGAAGAAGAGGGUAGCGGGGCAUGAUGAACACUCAUUAGCAUCACACACGAUGCCCAAGCUGAAUUCCACCGCCCUCUCUUCAGAGACUCUCUCAUACUUUGAAAGACUGAAAGAGAGAGAGAAAUAGGGUACAGUACAUCCCACUCAUAGUGUGUUAGCACAUCCUCCAGUACCUUGACUCGAACCCACCCCGUGUACUCUGUGUACCACUGGUACGGAGAGCUCAAAAGCCGGGCCAGCCAAAUAUUCCCCCAGAGUUACUGGGUUCUGUCUAUCUGUCGCUUGGUUGCUGACUUUCCUCCAAUUCCGGAUCGAUACAAAUGAACUGGGAGCCAGACUGGCUAACAGUACUGCAAAAUUGUCAAAAACAGGGGAAAUCGCAGCUGUUUUCCCUCAAUCUCAUUAAAUGCUGCGAUAGUGGAGGAUCUGGAAGAGAUAUCUUCAAACUAUGGCUUCCGAUUAUACAGGCCAAGAAACCCUAGAAGGUAAUGUCAGAAUGACGAGAAGCAAAUCGGCGGCAAGUGUCUCCAACAUGGGUUCCGGCCAGUCGAAAGUGUUGUCAGCAGGUGUCAGCGAGGAUGAGGCCAUCAGGUUCGUGCCUCAGAAUACCCCGUCUAUUUUGGAGAUCAAGCGGCAACUUCCGGCGCAUUGUUUCCAGCCGACAUUGGCCCAAUCGUUCUAUUAUGUCCUCAAAGACUUGGUCAUCAUGGCCGUCUUGUACUUGGGGAUGAUUUUCAUGGAUCUUCAGUUUCCGUUGGCCAUGUACCUCACUUAUCCGGUGUAUUGGUACCUACAGGGCACAAUGAUGUGGGCCCUGUUUGUCCUCGGCCAUGACUGCGGCCAUGGGUCAUUUUCCCAUAGUGCCCUCAUCAAUGAUAUUACUGGAAAUCUCCUCCAUUCGCUCAUAUUAGUCCCAUAUUACCCUUGGAAGGUGAGCCAUCGCCAUCACCACAAGAACACGGGUAACAUUGACAAGGACGAAAUCUUCUAUCCGGUCCGGGAGAAGGAUUACGCUGCGGACGGGAAGAAGUUCUUGCCUUUGUUCGGAUUGGGACUCUCUUGGUUCUUCUAUCUGUUCAAGGGAUACGCUCCUAGGGCUGUCAAUCAUGUCAACCCCUACGAUGAAUUCUUUGUCCGUCACGCCAGCCAGUGCGUCGUCUCACUUGUCACCAUUGCUGGAUGGGUCUGCUUCGGAUUAAUCCCGUAUGCCGGGCACUAUGGUUUUACGGCUCUGCUGUGCCAUUAUCUCAUCCCUAUCUUUGUCUUUGCCUCAUGGCUGGUUGUCACCACGUUCCUCCACCACCAAGACGAGAACGUUCCUUGGUAUGCGGAUCACAAAUGGGACUUUGUCCGUGGAAACCUGUCCUCCGUGGAUCGUCACUAUGGUUGGGCUCAUAACUUGGUUCACAACAUUGGCACCCAUCAGAUCCAUCACCUCUUCAGCAAGAUCCCUCAUUACCAUUUGGAGGAGGCCACAAAGACGUUUCGGACGGUCUAUCCGGAUUUGGUGCGGAUGUCGAAUGAGCCGAUAAUGCCGGCCUUCUUUAAAAUGUUCUACAUCUUUGAUCAACAACAAUGGAUUAAGAAUGACGCAGAAUUCCACGUUUACUCAUCUAAGAAGUCAAGGUAGAAUGGCAUAAAUAUAUUUUUGUUUUAAUUGCAUUGAUGUAAAAUAAAGGGCAUAAGAAAA